GAUUGAAUCACACACAUAUAUCUCACAGUAUUUAACGAGUGUAGUCGUGUCAAGUGCUCAGUGAAUUAUCAAAAAUGUCGAAGACACUACAUUACUUCAAUUUAGGCGGUGUUGCUGAGUCGAUAAGAUACAUUUUGCAUUACACAAAACAGGAGUUUGAGGAUGUCCGACACGAUUUUUUAACUUGGCCUGAUGUAAAAUUUAAAAAAACUCUCCCUUUCGGCCAAAUACCUAUAUUCGUAGAAGGUGAUAAGACCCUCAACCAGUCGCUGGCUAUAGCCAAGUAUGUGGCGAGGGACAGCGACCUGAUACCAGCUGACGCGUGGCAGCAAGCCAUCCUCGAAAGUACCGUAUACAACAUCUAUGACUUUUGGAAAAAUGUUGUACAAUACAUCCAGGAAAAAGAGGCAGUUAAAAAAGAGGCUAUGAAAAACAAAAUCCUGGAAGAAACAUUUGACUUCUUCUUCUCAAGAUUCGACAAACACUUAGCAGAGAAUGGUGGAUUCUUCAUUGGAAAGGUAUCGUGGGUCGAGUUUGUUUUCGUCGGUAUAACUGAAGCAACCAAUCUUUUCCUCGAGAUUGAUAUUGGAAAAUAUCCGAACACGAAAAAACUGGUUGAGGAGAUUACUCAUCUGCCCGGAGUUAAGGAGUACAUUGCAUCUAGAGGACCUUACAAACGUCCUGAAUUUAAGAAAUGAACGAAAUACAUAUAUAUCUAGUAUUUUCCAAA